ACCAAAAGAGGAAGUAAAAGACGCCGAAACCAAGUAUUCCUACUAGAGUGAAGCUCAACAUAAUCGCAAUCAAUGAAAAACCAAUGUAAAAUAUUUCAAGUAUCAUAUCGCAUGGAAAGGGAAACACUAUUAAAAUAUGGUCGCGUAAAAUAAGUGUAACACUUAUUAAAAUACGGAAGGGAGAAUCGAGGCCGCCACCUACUCAUCAUAAAAGUCGAUGACCAAACCCGGGAAAAUUUACAGUUAAACAUCGUAUCCAUCGUCACACUUUAACUACCUCUUCGGAGCUUCCAAAGCCCUGCUAUUACUACAUUUCUGAAAUAUCUACCCAUUUUCUUUCAGCAAUUUCGUCGAACACUUUGUGUGCAUUGGAGAAAGAAAUGGCCACCAUUUCUGGAGCUGUUUUCAAUUCAUUGAGCUCUUCCUGCGACCAAAAGAUCUCUCUUUUCAGACAAUGCAACCCCAUUUCUCGUAAAUUGGAAUCUUCCCAGCUUAAUAAUUGUCUGGGUUAUCAAUGUAGAUCACUCCGUUCUUUUACUUCUUCAGUAGGUGUAAGAGCUCAAGUUGCCACAGUAAAACAACCAAAUAUUGAAAUGGUACAAAAUGUAGAAGCUCCUGUUGCUAUUGUGACUGGAGCAUCUAGGGGUAUUGGUAAAGCAACUGCACUAGCCUUGGGCAAAGCUGGUUGCAAGGUCCUGGUUAAUUAUGCAAGGUCAUCAAAGGAAGCUGAACUAGUCGCGAAUGAGAUUGAGGCUUGUGGUGGGCAAGCUAUUACUUUUGGAGGUGAUGUAUCCCAAGAAUCAGACGUGGAGUCCAUGAUAAAAGCUGCGACUGAUGCUUGGGGAACUGUUGACAUCUUAGUAAACAAUGCAGGAAUUACAAGGGAUGGUCUUCUGAUGAGAAUGAAGAGAUCUCAGUGGCAGGAUGUCAUUGAUCUGAAUCUUACUGGUGUUUUUCUCUGUACACAGGCUGCAGCAAAAAUUAUGAUGAAAAAGAAGAAGGGCAGGAUAAUCAAUAUAACCUCUGUCGUUGGCUUGAUAGGAAAUGCAGGACAGGCCAAUUACAGUGCUGCGAAAGCCGGAGUAAUUGGCCUCACUAAGUCAGUCGCAAAGGAAUAUGCAAGCAGGGGAAUCAAUGUUAAUGCUAUAGCACCAGGGUUCAUUGCAUCAGACAUGACUUCAAAUCUCGGGGAAGAUAUUGAGAAAAAACUCAUGGCUGCCAUCCCGUUAGGGAGGUAUGGUCAACCAGAAGAAGUUGCUGGACUAGUGGAGUUUUUAGCCCUUGAUCCGGCAGCCAGUUAUAUAACUGGACAGGUGGUAACAAUAGAUGGAGGAAUGGUUAUGUAAAGUGCUUAGUGAUCCCAGCAUCGAGGCAGAAGGCGUUUUCAGAACUCUCGUUAGUACCCGUAUACUUUAUAAUGCUCUAGCCUGAAUUGAAUUAACUUCGUCCAUUGCAAUCUGCGAUGUUAUCAGGAUCAUAUUCGUCCUGAUGAUCAGAUGAAUAAAUGACCCAGGUGUUACGGACGAUGAUUGAAGUUCAGUUGAUAGGUGAACAAGGCUAGUAAUAAGGCAAAAACAGUGAUUUUUUUAAUUUUUUUGGCUGCAGAUGUUAUCACUUACCCCCUAGUAAUAGUAUACAUGUAUUUGAUAUUGGUGUUGAAGAGCUAAUUGACAGCUUUCCACUGUAUUGUUUGAUGAUGAUGAGUGAUUAAACCUUUAGACAAGUAUAAUAAAGUCUUUAUGUAUGUUAAAAAUACAAAGAAUGAAAGAACUGUGUUGUUUGAAUGUGAA